CAACCACUUGGCUGUAUUGUAUGAUGUUGCUAUGAGGAAAGGAGUCAGAGAUGACUGAUGUGGAGCCUGUGGUCACUGAUUUUGCAGCAUCGGGAAGAGCAGGCCGCCGAAAUGCCUUACCAGAUAUUCUGGGUUCUUCUGCUGGGGCUGGGACAUCAGACCUGCCUCACAAAUUAGCUGAGCUCUCUAUGUCAGAAGAUGAAGGAGCUGAAGGCGGAGAAGCAUCAUCAUCUGACACCACAAUGGAAAAUCAAGAAGCAGAAGGGAAAAGCAUGGAUUCCUAAUGUCCACAAAUUAAUUGUUUGGUGAUGAUCACAAACAGAUUCGCUCCCAGUGUGUGCAGGACUCUGCAAUAUACAAUACUUGUAGCUGGGUGACAUGAAUGAGAGGCUACUGAAGGGCUUCAGUGAUGUUGCCUGGUCCACCAAAUAGCAAACUCUUUGCCUGUAGAUCACAGUCAAUGAAUAUUUGCAGAAUGUACAUAAGGUUUAGAAUGGUUUGCGGUCAUCCCUUUGAAUAGUAAAAAUCAGUGGUUCCCAAGCUUUGAUGGGUAGUUACCUCUCCUGAGACCACAGACCAGAUUGCAAGGCCUUUGUACAAUGCUGUGUCACCCCAACAGUUAAGCAGCACACAAAAGAGAGGCCUGGAACAGAGAGAGGUUAAUGCACAGAGAACUACAUGGUAAAGCCAGGAAGGUUCUCAAGUACCCCUGGGGUACACAGACCACAGUUUGGGGACCACCGGUGUAAAUAAUUAAAUACAACCAAACACCCACCAAUGUUAAGUUAGUAUAAAACUGCUGGCUGAUAUGCAGAGUAUCUCUGGGUAUGUGCUACAGAGGGAAGGCAAUUUCCCGCAAUCUCCUCUUUCUUCUGAAAAGAAAACAUGUCUCGAAAACAUGUCUAAGGUUCGCACCACCCUUAGGGACAUAUUUUUGAGAAGUACAGUGGGCUUUGGAGGGAAGAAGAGAUUGCUGAAAAUUGCCCCUUUUUCAUAGUCGAUGUCAGCCACUGUGAUUAUUUCUUUGGGGUAGGGGGUUUGGUUUACUUUUUAAAAGUUACAAAAAUUGCUAACUCCAGAGCUAGUGGUGCAGUACACCGACGUAACAUAGGUAGGAGUUCACAUUGCUGUGGUCAGAGGGUCUGUUCAGUGGUUCUUAGUUUUACAGAAAUAAGUCAUAGUAUGUGUGAGAUACCGUGUUGGAGAAGGAGAACACACAGCUUUGAAAGAACAAUAUAUUUUUAAAAGGUUCCAAAAUGGAAGGGCAUUGAUGCAAGAGAAGGGAGGGAUAGCCUUGCUGGUGUCCACCACUUCCUUUGUUUAAGAGGUUCGUGAGAACACUGUUGCACCACCCAACAGUAGAAUGAGCAUCCUCUAAAGAUGUGAAAAAUAAAUGAUUCAUUAGCCCUAUUCACAAGAUAUGUCCGACACACGCUCAAUAAGUGUACAGUAUACACAGGUACAGAUCUGUACAUAGUAUUCACACAUUAUGUUGAGCACAGGUACAGUAGUACCUUCCUCUGUACCAUAUAUUUGAGGGGCCUGUAUCCAGGUUCACUUUUAAAAUGAACACAGGUACAGUCAUUCACACAAACACACGUAUGAGUGUACAGCCAUCUGUACACUUGUACAGCAUAAUGUCCGAAUAGGGCUGUUGUGGUCACAAAAUGGGCACAGUCCCUGACUCUCUCACAAAAUCAUGUUCCACACAGCAGUGACAAUUUGUGUGCUGGCUGGUGGCAGUCGUGCAUUUUUCCAGCAAGAGAAUAUUUCCCACUGGGAAAAUGGGAUAUCCCUGAUCCCCUGUAAUAACUGCACAUCUAUUGUGCUAGUAUCUGGAAAGGCCUUCCUUAUUGAGUAAGCUUUUCUUUCCCCUCACACCAUCCCCCACAGACAUCAAAGUAUACUUCCCCAGGAUCUGAAUCUAAAUAAAGCCCAGUGAAUUUUUUACAUAGCAGGAUGAUUGAUCUUUAAAGGAAAUAGAAUGUCACAUGUUGAUGACCUCAUAAAGCCCUUUUGAGGUUUGCACUCUGUGCAGAGAUGUACCAGAGUGUAAAGAAAACUGAGAAAUGCAUUUUCUUCAUCCCUUCAAAAUGUCAAGAUGCAUUGGGAUCAUCUAAGAUACUGAAACUCUUCCGAGUGUAUCCGGUGCUUCCCUUUCUCAAAUCUAACUUCUUCAGUGAUCUCAAAAUUCUGCUUAUCCAUAUUUCCAAAGUAAAUUAAUGGCAUUUGUAACUUAUUUUAAUUUGUUUUAUUUCAGCAUGAGAAAUGAUAUUGGUUACCAUCUUUUUUUGGUGUAUUGUGUCUUUCCUCGCUUUGCAAUGCCCAGAACACAAGCUUUUCAUUUGAGUUCAAGUGUGGGUUUAUUGCUUCAUCACCCAGUUAAAGCAUUUUCUUUCCAAUAGAUUUUGCCUGUACCAAAGGAUUGAUCCAUGUUUUGUAAUAAAGGUUGUAUUAUUUAAAA